AUGAAUGGCCUGCUGUUGUACAUGUUUGAAGAUUGCAGCGUGACUUGCCCUGAUCCGACCACUGGCUGCGUUGACGCUUGCAGUUUUGUUGGCGGCCGUGAGAAUCCGCCUGAAACUGGCGAGGGCGAGGAAACCUACUCGCUGGACUUUCAUUUGAUGACGCAGGUGAACCUGAGUCGUGGCCGUGCCAUGCGAGUCAUCAAGCGGGACGAGGGCAUGACUUGGGCACAGAAGAUCACCCAUGUCUACAACGAGAAGGCGGAGCUGCCACCGGCAACGCCGGUGCACGAGUUGGGUGUUCGGAUUGACUAA